AGAAUGUUGAUGGAGGGGAAUUAAUUCCCAAAGCGAAGAGAUUAUUGAAAGAGAAAAGUGACAGCGAGAAGUUGCAGGAGGUUUUUAGGUUGACGAAGCCAGAACAACUUAGAGGAGAAUAUCGAUGCACAUUAUUACGUUAUAUAAUGUUACAGGGGGUUAUGUAUCUGACAGAUGAUCAUUCAAGCCUACAAGAAUCUGAACAAUCUUCGAUUCUCAUUUUUGGUAAACAGGAUCUUACCCUGAAAGAUGGCAACCUUUGGAAAAGAUCUAUUUAUGGGACGUACGAUCGAUAUUACUUUACCCUUCAAAAUGAUGUUCUCAUGUAUUAUGAAGAUCCUAUGGAUUCGUAUUGCCCAGCGGAGAUCAUAGAUCUCAAAUAUGCGUUACGGGUAGAAAAAAGUAAAAAUAAGAAUGGAUUUAAAAUCAUUGUACCCAAUCAAACUUACAGAUUUUCAGCGGAUACUGAACAAUCAAUGAAUGAAUGGGUGGCUCAUUUGGAGAGGUCUAUAGUGAGAGCGAAUAAUGAUGGUGAUAGCGUGAAGAUCGUUAUACCCAUAGAGAGCAUACAAGCAAUAGUAAACAAUUUAUCGAUGAAUCUUCCAAACACGAUACAGAUCAAUACGCAAGAUUCUGAUGAACCGUCGAGUUACGAUGAGUACUUCUUUACUUUUCCAUCGGGUGGUCAAAUUCUAUACAAGAAUCUUUAUGAACUUUGGAAGUCACAUAAAUCAUCACAAUCAAUGCAAGAUUCCGCGGCGGCGUCAACACGUAUAAUGGACUCUUUGAGGUCGAUCACAACUCAUGGACGGGAAAAGAGUAGCGAUGAAAUACCAUCAUAUCCAACGUCACCGAAAUCUCCGAAGACAUCUAGCCUUGCUUCAAAUGCGUUUACGCGACGUGUUUCUAUCUUAUUAAAGAAUCCUGCGAAAUAUAUCAGCACCUUUGACGAAAAUCCUUCCGAAGAGGCAGGCGUAAAAUUCCGGAAUCAUUUUGCGCUAAAAAAUGAACGACUUAAUGCCACAUUCUACGGAUAUUUCCUUAGAAUGGUUCCAUUAUAUGGGAAAUUUUAUAUUUCCGAUAAUUACAUUUGCUACAAAUCUAAAGUUUUUGGAAUGACAUCAAAUAUAGUGCUGCCGUUAUUGGACAUUCAUUUCUUUAAAAUGCAAAAGUCGACAACGUUGGGAUACUAUGGUCUGGAGAUAUUGACAAAGGCGCAGCAAGAAAUGUUUUUCGAAUUCGGUUUUCGGGAAAUUCGAGAUCGAUUUGUGGAGAUUCUUGAGAAUCAAAUAAAGAUCCUCCUCGGUAAAGACAAGAAACAUGCCGAAGAUGGACGAGCGUAUGUGUCAUUUACCUUUUUGUUUGUUCUUUUUAAGGAUGAUCAAUUGCUUCUCGCCAAUGUUCUUCCGAAUUCACCGACAAUAUCGAAUUUUGGUAACACUGGGUUGAAAAAACAGAUGCAUAUCACAUGCUUGACAAUCGGUUCUCGUGGCGAUGUUCAGCCAUACAUCGCAUUGGCAAAGGGGUUAAUGAAGGAAGGUCACAAAGUGAGAAUUGCUAGUCACGGUGAAUACAAGGAUUGGAUUGAAGGUCAUGGCAUAGAAUUUGGAUAUGUAGGAGGGGAUCCUGCGGAAUUAAUGUUCCGUGUUUGGUUGGAUGAUCUGCUAAAAACUUCUUGGGAAGCUUGCCAGAAUACCGAUUUAAUAAUCGAGUCUCCUAAUGCCAUGUCUGGUAUUCACAUCGCUGAAGCCCUAGAUUUUAUCGAUGAUAAUCAUAAAAAUGGAAAGAAGGUGGUGUACAUCGGAUUUGGAUCUAUAGUGGUGGAUAAUCCAAAAGAGCUGACAAGGACCAUUGUCAAUUCUGUGGUUAAAAGCGGCGUGGCCGCAAUCUUGUCAAAGGGAUGGAGUGAUCGACUACAGUUGAAGUCUGAAGACGACGCCGAAGUAUCGUAUCCCUCGUGCAUCUAUCAGUUAAAAUCGGUACCACAUGAUUGGCUGUUCCCGAGAAUUGAUGCGGUAGUUCACCAUGGUGGCGCAGGGACAACAGCGGCAGGACUUCGCGCUGGAGUUCCAACCAUAAUAAGACCAUUCUUUGGGGAUCAAUUCUUUUGGGGUGACCGAGUUGAAAACAUGGAAAUCGGAUUUUGUAUCAAGAAAUUGACCGUCGACAAGUUAUCGGAUUACCUUGUGCGCGUUGUCAAUGAUCCGAAAAUAAUUGAAAAAGCAAAACUGGUUGGCGAAAAUAUCCGCAAGGAGGACGGAGUUGAAAAUGCAAUACAGUCGAUCUAUAAAUAUUAUGAACACGCCAAACACAGGAUAAAACUACAGAGGGAGCGAACUGCUGUCAGUAAUUCGCUUGUGAGCACAGGCACCGGGAUGAUUGGUGAUCUUAAGGCGAUAGGUAAUUUGAAGUCGAUAGCUUCAUGGAACUUGUUGACGAAAAACGUUAAUAAUGUUGACGAUAGCUCAAACAAGAAGGCACUUGAUGAAAAUGGUGGAAAUGAGCAAGAUGGGGAAUUGAUAAAACAUUCGGACACUAAAGAUGAGGAAUCAAUAAAGGCUAUCACUACUUAA